GACAGACAUACAGUCUCUUCAAUGGCAUGCACAGUAUAAAGCUGUAUUAAGCUCCUAGAUCCCAUCAAAAUUUUCCACGACUCAUGUUGUCUGGAGUUUUAUUUUAUUUUUUUAUUAUUUUGUAUUUUUUUGUCUACUGAAUGUUCUUGGAAAUAUAUUUUCAAUGUUUUGUCCGCGGAACGAUCCAAAAACACUUUUAACUGCAGUACAGCCCAUUGAAGAGACUGUAAGUCUACCCAUCACAUCCUCAUUGUCAUUCCCAUUAAAAAUAAAAGAUGGCGCUGCUGUGAAUAAGGUCAAUACUAAUGCACUGUACGUUUGUUGCCUCGCGUGCUUGAAAGCUGAUUGAGUAUAGAAAUCGCCACCACUGUGGUAUGCCUAUGAAACAAUGUGCUUAAAUUUAAUUUGCCCAUUGAUGAAACAAGUCGUUACUCUACCAAAAGCGUGCUUUAGUUAUUAAUUAAUCAGCCACUGUCAGGACUGGCAACAGUAAGCCUGUAAAGAGAAGUAGGGAAAGAAAACCCAAAUUACAUGCUGAUUGGCAUACUCUCUCCUGGGAAGAGAGACUGGCUGACACUGUAACACCACUAAGGAGACUGAGUUAUGAGGAGCAGCUCCAGUGGAAACAAGACCAGCAACACAAGAUCUUACCUGAGAUGACAAACUGGCUCAGGAUUCAUCCCACUUAAGAUUCCCUCUCCUGCCUUUAGUACCCUCGCUGGUGCGUGAUGCAUACCACAACAAAUCAACCUUCUCUGUCAACAAAGGGGUUGAUGGGACUCCAAAGACAGUUGGAUUUUACAUCGGCACUGGAAAAUUGGGUAACAUUGACUGUGUUCAUGGUGACCACCUCCUGAACAUGCCUGCCUCUAAAACACAAAAUGGUUGCAAGACACUAUGAAGAUUUUAUUCAUCUCUCACGACUGAGUCCAUGCAUUUUGUUUCAUGAUGGUGGUCACUGGAGAGAAAUUGCUAUUAGAACAACUUCCACUGGGCAAACAAUGGCUAUAGUUUACAUCCAUCCUCAAACCCUUAUGCCUGAGGAGAUUGGAAUUCAUAAAGCUGCCCAGGUUGAAUAUUUUAUACAAGGUCAUGGGGCAGUUUGUAAAUUGGAUUAUCUUUACUUCCAGGAGAGCACAAUGACCUGUGUCAGUCAAGAACAGUCCCCCUAUCAGGUGAACAGGGGAGCAGCUGAAGCUCUUUAUAAGACUGUGGCAGAGCUGAAUCGGGCUUGCGUGGGGGGCAGCUUGCUGGAUGUCUGCUGUGGAACAGGAGCAAUUGGCAUUUCAUUAUCCCCACAGAUGGAGAGAGUUAUUGGCAUAGAGCUUAUUGAGCAAGCGGUUGAGGACGCCAAGCAUAAUGCAGCACUAAACAGAGUUAAUAACUGUAAAUUUCUCUCAGGCAAAGCAGAAGUUGUUUUACCAAGUUUGAUGCCCACUUUGAGUUUUGAUGGAGGGCUGACAGCCAUUGUGAAUCCAUCCAGGGCUGGCCUACAUUAUCGAGUUGUCAAAUCCUUGAGGAACCAUCCAGCCAUUAGAAGGCUCAUGUACAUAUCGUGUAAACCUGACAGUGAGACAAUGAGGAACUUCAGAGACUUCUGCUGUAGAUCCGAUUAUCAGAGGAAGCUCACUGGAGAAGCUUUCGCACCAACAGUGGCUGUCCUUGUGGACCUCUUUCCACACACUCCACACUGUGAACUUGUGCUUCUUUUUGAGUGAUAGAAAAAAACAACAGAACGAAUGUGAUUGAUUUGACACAAAACAUCAAAAGAAUAUCUAUUUAUGUCACUAAUUGUAAUGCAGAAUUUUCUUUAUGUUUACCUUUCAUUUAAAUUUCAAAAAUAAAUUAAUUGAGUGU